UGAGGAGUCUCUAAGGGAUAAAAAAUAUUUCCGUCCUUUACACCACUGCUCUGCUGUAACGAAGAGUCCGUUUACUUUAAAAUUUCUGCCUUCAACGAUCGCAGACCAAUUCUACCUCGCUAACCCUGAGUGAAGUUCUGACGCUCCGGCGUUGAAAUGGUAUCAUUUUGAUCUCUGUUCACCUUGUUGUAAUGGCUGGACUUAGGUUUUCAAUGCUAAAGUCACUUAGAAGUUGCAUAAUCCCCUCUUUGAAACAGACGCCAACUUCACUUCAGUCUUGUGAUUCAUACUUGAAAUUUGCCAGAUUCGCUAAUCAAAGUCAAGCCAAGCUGUCUUACCCUCUUGUAAAUAACAAUAACCACAAACGUCAGUUGCAUUCCACAUUGAAUCCUGAAAAUAUUCAACUUAGGGUCCUUGGUUUCUUACCUGAUACUCGAUGUUACAGAACCAACAGCGUUUUAGCAUUUUCACCCACUUCAACAAAAUUGUACUCUCAGAGUUCUAUUGCUUUUUCUUCGAGCCCAUUUUUAAACCACCGAUCAUAUUCAAGGUUUUUUGGUGGCAAAAGUGAUAAACCGGCUGGAGAUUUGGAUGUUUCAGCUACUGCUAGUGGUAGUGAAGUUAAUGUUAAUAAUAGUGGUAUCGUUGUGGGUGAUUCAAUUGAUAAGGUGAAGGAUGUGUGGCAAAUUAUACUAGAUGGAGUAAAUUAUACCGUAGAAAAGGUUAAAAUGGCAUCUGAUGAACUGACACCUUAUGUCCAACAAUUACUCAAUAUGCAUCCGUAUCUCAGGGACAUUAUUGUUCCAGUUGGUGGUUACCUGUUUGGUUCUAUAUUGGCUUGGGUGGUGAUGCCAAGGAUUUUGAGGAGAUUUCACAAAUAUGCCAUACAAGGCCCUGCUGCUUUACUGCCCGGAGGCUUGUUUGGUGACCAAGUUCCUUAUGAGAAAAGUUUUUGGGGUGCUUUGGAGGAUCCAAUACGAUAUCUAAUCACCUUCAUGGCAUUUGUCCAAAUGGGCAUGAUGGUGGCUCCAACAACAAUAGCAUCACAAUACCUUUCACAGGCAUGGAGGGGUGCUGUUAUCCUUUCAUUUGUGUGGUUUUUGCAUCGAUGGAAAACAAAUGUCUUCACCCGUGCUUUGUCUUACCAAAGUUUAGCAGGAAUCGACCGAGAAAAGAUAUUAACUCUUGACAAACUUUCAUCGGUUGGUUUGUUUGUUAUUGGAGUAAUGGCUUUAGCAGAGGCAUGUGGAGUGGCUGUUCAGUCUAUCUUGACCGUUGGUGGCAUAGGAGGAGUGGCUACUGCUUUUGCUGCUAGAGACAUCCUUGGAAAUGUGCUCAGUGGGUUGUCUAUGCAGUUCUCAAAGCCUUUUUCACUGGGAGAUACUAUAAAGGCUGGAUCUAUAGAAGGCCAAGUGACAGAAAUGGGACUUACUACUACAACAUUACUCAAUACUGAAAAAUUUCCUGUAUUAGUGCCAAAUUCAAUGUUUUCUAGUCAGGUAAUUGUGAAUAAGUCACGUGCUCAUUGGCGAGCUAUGGCUAUCAAAAUACCUUUGCAAAUCGAUGAUUUGGACAAGAUUCCUCAAAUAUCAAAUGACAUUAAAAGCAUGCUAAGAUCCCAUGCCAAAGUUUUCUUGGGCAGGGAGGCCCCUUACUGUUUCCUGUCGCAGAUAGAAAGUUCUUUUGCAGAAUUGAGCCUUGGAUGCAAUCUCAAAAGCAUGAGCAAAGAUGAGUUAUACAACACUGAACAAGAUAUUCGACUACAGUCUGUCAAGAUAAUCAAGGAACAUGGUGCUUCAUUGGGUAGCACUUACCAGAAUUUGAUCACUUGAUGAUAUACAAUAUGUUAGCAUAGCUCCAUGGAAAUUUGGCCUUGUUCGUAGACGUGGGUUUGGAAACAAUGUGACAAACCUCCAUAGACAAGUUAUGGUUUUUAAAGGAAGGAAAACACUGUGUAAAGGAAGCUGUUGCAGUUUUGAAGAUUGGAAGCAUUCCCAAAACAUCAUAUGAACCAGUUUUGUCCUGUCCGGUAUCCCAAAUGUGGAGAAAAACAGAAAUGAUCUACCGGUAAAUACAUGCAAACUGAGAGGAACAUCAUUUUUUCUGUUGGACAUUUGUAUUUUGCUUGUGGAGUGUUUUUCUGCUGCAAUCAAUCUUUCCAAAAGAGUAAAAUAAAAGAAAAAGAAAAAAAUAGUUAAAGACCUUAAUCCUCAAUCAAUGUUAAUUUUAUGGAGUUGGUGUAGUGGCUUUUGCAAAUUGAGUAUAGUUUGUGUACAAGGGUUUUUUUAAUCUUUGUAGCCAACCAAUACACAAACAUUAUUUCUUUAUCUUUUAAUAUGUUGGAUCUAAGGUUUUCACA